UCAAAAGUUUGACGUUUACCCUGAUUCCAAACAAACAUAAAUUCCAUAAGAACAUUUUUGAAUCGUUCAAAAUUCGUCGUUUGCAUCGACAUAGAAAUAAUAUGUAAGAAAAUGUUAAAAAUCAUCAAAUUUUUUAAACCAUACUCGACCGGUUCGAGGCAGUUUCCAGUGCUGUCAACGUUUAUCAACAAAAAUACGUUUCCUCAAAAAAGGCAGCUCUAUAACAGGAGACAAAGUGAAGAGCCCCAAUAUUGGGUCUGGCUCAAACCUCAACACAAUAAAUACAAGUUUAACCAAAGAUUCCACAUUCCUUUUAAUAGUAUUUUAUUUAUUGGUGCGUUCUCUGUUGUGCACUGCCACAUUGCAGAUAUUCAUGGGCGACAAGAGAAGAAAUUUCUUAAGGCCAUUCAGUAUGGCCUAACACAUGAAGUUAAAAGCUUAAUUAAAAAUGGUGUAGAUGUCAACUUGAGGCACCAUUUAGGCUGGACACCGCUGAUGGUGGCAACUGUAAGUGGUCAAUAUGAUAUAGUCAAACUACUUUUAGAAAAUGGAGCCAAUCCCAAUCUGGGUGAUAAUUACAUUAAUCCUAGUAGAACAUCACAGGAAAAAGGAUUACACCCUAUAGAAGUUCUUAUGGCAAGAGAUGAAGAAUUCUCAGGAAAUCUUAACAAUAAAGCCACCUUUCGGGGCUUUACUGCAUUACAUUAUGCGGUUCUUAUGGAUAACCUUGAUAUUGUUAAAUUACUUAUUAGUUAUGGGGCCAAUCCAACUUUAGAAACUGAAGCUGGUAAAAAACCUUUGACUUAUGCCAAAGAGGGUCCUUUGCAAGAGUUUCUUUUGGAACAAACUGAGAAGUUUGAGGAACUGCAAAGAGAAAAGGAGCUUGAGGAAAGACGAAAAUUUCCACUUGAAGACAGACUUAAAAGGUAUAUUGUAGGCCAGGAGGGUGCUAUUGCAGUAGUAGCUGCCACUGUCAGGAGGAAGGAAAAUGGUUGGACAGAUGGAGAUCACCCAUUGGUCUUCUUAUUUUUGGGGUCAUCAGGUAUAGGAAAAACUGAGCUUGCAAAGCAGCUUGCUUCCUACAUCCAUAAAGACAAACAUGAAUACUUUAUCCGAUUAGAUAUGUCAGAGUUUCAGGAAAAACAUGAAGUGGCAAAAUUGAUUGGAGCCCCACCGGGUUAUGUGGGCCACGACGAAGGGGGGCAACUGACAAAACGGCUUAAAUCGUGUCCGGAUGCGGUCGUUUUGUUUGACGAAGUAGAUAAGGCCCAUCCUGACGUUCUGACUGUUCUUCUUCAGCUGUUUGAUGAGGGUCGUUUAACAGACGGGCACGGAAACACUAUUGAGUGUAAAAAUGCCAUUUUCGUUAUGACUUCCAAUUUGGCCAGUCAGGAAAUUGCUCAACACGCUUUAUCACUUAGGGAGGACGUGGAGAAGAUCAAGGAGGAACGUUUGAAGAAUAACAGUUCCGAUGAUGAGGCAGUAUAUUCAGAUAAUGUGAUAAUAUCUAGAAAGUUUAAAGAUGAAAUAGUGAAGCCCAUACUAAAACGCCAUUUUAAACGGGACGAGUUCUUAGGCAGGAUUAACGAAAUCGUCUAUUUCUUGCCGUUCUCUAGGAGAGAAUUGCUGGAGUUAGUGCAAAAGGAGUUGGAAUGUUGGGCUAAAAGGGCAAAAGAACGACACAAAAUCGAACUAAAAUGGGACCGAAGUGUAGAGUCGGCUUUAGCAGACGGAUAUGACGUGUGUUACGGCGCACGCUCGAUAAAAUACGAAGUGGAACGUCGGGUGGUUAACCAGUUGGCGGCUGCGCACGAACGCGGUAUAAUCGGAAAAGGUUCUACGGUGAGUAUUACGGCGUCGUGGGCUCCGGAAAACUGCGACUGUGCGGAAAUCAAGAUUCAAGUAAAGCGAGAUGGUUAUAAGAGUUUCAUUGAUAUCGCCAGUGCUUCCCCCAUUGAAAAUGCUAAUAAUAAGAAGAGUUUUGUUUUUUGGUAAAAAACCAGUUAUUUAAGUAUU